AUGGCCGUCUGCAGAUCUCGAAAGCUGCAUGCCACCCACGCCCAACAAACACAACCCCGCCAUGGUGGACUGGCCCGAGAAUUCCGUGUCUGGCUAGGAUUCUCCAACUUUGGACGAACAGGCGGAAUUGGCCUCUUGUCGUUGGGCGACUAUUCAAAGGAUUUGAGCUUUCCCCUCAUUCUUGUCAUGCACGCGGCCCCAUCUUUCCUCGGACGGCGAUCCUCCGCGUAUCUGGGGCCUCACCCCCACCAACAAUUGAAGAGUAUUUUGUUUCUUUUGAGGUUCCCCCUCACGGCCUGGUCCAACGAACCUAGAUUCAUCAACGCUGGAUCAUCUACCUUCCACAGUAACCUUAAGCGAUGGGCCCAGGAUUUUGGAAUAACCGGCCCAAGAUGUGUCGUGAGCGAAGAACGGCGAUCGGCGCUGUCACCUUAUUCUUGGCCACCGCGUGGCCAUCCGCCCAUGCCCAGCAAUGGAACUGGGAUGAACUUGGGGUAUGUUGCAUUCUUCCACUUCGCGUUCGAUGCGACUGAGGGGUUGUCGGAUGGGAUGGUGGAUGUUUGUCCUCCCGUCUAUAUGAUCCCUCAAAGCCACUUUUCGGGUUCCUUUCUCAUCCCGCCGGCUCAGCUCUUCUUCAGCAUUGUCUUGCAAAUCUUGUGGAGAAAGUACAGCUCUACCUGCCAUAAGCCGGAACCCCUCGACGUAUUCGCAAUGCGCUCGGCCAUCCUCGCCGCCGUAGGCCUGUCCUCUACGGCCGCGGCACUUGUCAGCCGCGACGGCAAGACCGGCCGUCUUCCCGCGCUGGGGUGGAAUUCGUGGAACGAGUACGGGUGCGACAUCAACGAGACGGUGUUCCUCACUGUCGCGCAGCACAUUGUGGACUUGGGGCUGAAGGAUCUGGGGUACGAGUACGUCAACAUCGACGACUGCUGGAGCGACAAGGAGUUGCGGAGGGAUAACGUCACCAAGGAAAUCAUUGUCGACAAGGUGAAGUUUCCGCAGGGGAUCAAGCAUACGGUGGAUAAGAUCCACGAGUUGGGGUUGAAGGUUGGGAUCUACAGUGAUGCGGGAACUUCUACUUGCGGCGGUUUCGAGGGAUCGCUAGGCUACGAAGAAAUCGACGCCGCCACGUUUGCGAAAUGGGGUAUCGACUGUAAGUUCCAUCACCGUUCGCCGUUCCACUCUCCCUGCGUCAACGUCAUCCCUCAACUUAACCCCUCCAAACCCCUCCAUCGUCCCUUAGACUCAUCGCAAAACACAUUAUCGGAUCAACGUUCUAACAGGCAAUUCACUUUCUCCACAGACCUAAAGUACGACAACUGCAACGUCCCGAAAGAAUGGUUCGACGACUGGAAAUACGUCCCCGAACUCUGGCUCGGCGGACCCCCCAACGAAAACCAAGACAACGGCGACCCCGCCAACUCCAAGACGGGUCUUCCGGCCCCCGCAGGCUACGACUGGUCGACCUCCUUGACGGCAGAACGCUAUCGCAUCAUGCGCAACGCCCUCCUAGCCCAGGAAAGGACGAUCCAGUACUCCCUCUGCGCCUGGGGCCACGCCCACGUCGAGGCCUGGGGUAACGAGACGGGCCACAGCUGGCGCAUGUGGGGCGACAUUUACCCAGAGUGGUACGGCCAGCACCAGUGGUCCUGGGGCCUGAUGCCGAUUUUGAAUCACGCUGCCUUCUGGAGCGGUCCCGACGUGAACGGGUUCUGGGGCCACGGGGACUGGGACAUGCUCGAGGUCGGCAACGGGAACCUGACGCUGCAGGAGAGCAGGAGCCAUUUCGCGUUUUGGGCCGCGCUGAAGAGUCCGUUGAUCAUCGGGACCAAGUUGGAGGGCAUUCAGCCCGAGAUUUUGCAAAUCUUGUCCACGAAGGAGCUGGUGAAAUUCAAUCAGGAUCCGGAGUUCGGGGCCGCGGCGCAGCCGUAUAAGUGGGGGGUGAACCCGGACGGAGCGUGGAACAUUACGCACCCUGCCGAAUUCUGGUCCGGGGCUUCAGUGGAGGGGACACACGUGUUUGUGCUCAACACGCUGAGCGGCACCGAGAAUAAGACGGUCGCGUUCAAGGAUGUUCCUGGGCUGGAGGCCGGGAAGAAGUAUGUUGUGCACGACAUGUGGGCUGGCAAGGAUCUCGGCGUGUUUGAGGACAAGUACAUCGUAGAACUGGAGAGUCACGAUACGGCUGCUUUGAGGAUCAACGAGGUCAAGUGCGUGAAGAGGGCGGCACGGGGAUGA